ACAGCUCCACCUGAACACUGAGCUUCACUCUGCCGUCGCUGUCGGACGUUCAAGUUUCACUGCUGCAGCUUCGGCCCUCCUUCUCUCCUGCUUCAGUCGGAGCGACAAUCAGCGAUGAAGAAACUUUCUGCUGUGAUUUCCUGUGUGCUGCUGACGGCCACAGCAGUGACGGCGCAGGCAGGUCAGUCGAAGGCCAGCGACCGCCCGCUGCCUCAGUGGCUCACCGGCAUCAUCGCCGUCUCCGGCUUCCUCUUCCUCGCCUUCAUCUCCAUCCUGGUGAAAAAGGCCUGGUGUGAUUCCAGCAGGGAGCACGUCUCUGUGGACUCAGACAAACAAAAUGAAUUCGUCAUGACCAACAGAGACGCCUACGACACUCAGCUGAGCGCCGUCAGGAGCCAAGAAUACAAAAAUGCCUACGAGAACCUGGUGAUUGACAGCACUGAUGACAAAGUCACCGCCAUGUGACCUUGUGCUCUGAUCCUAUUGGCUGCCUGAACGUGGUCGUCACAAACUGGAGGAACACAAAACACACACAGAGAAAUCUUUUCAUAAAGUCGUACAUUUACACAUGAUGCUGUCUCACAUGUGUUUGUUUCGUUGUACCUGUUGACUGAGGCGGGCGGAGCUUACUUCAGAUGUCAUCCAUGUUGAUUAUACUUAAUAUUUGCUGUGACGGAUCCUUUGUGUUCUUCUUUAGAGGAGUUGUGAGAUGAAGUAGAUCAGAUGAAUCUGUAUUUUCCUGUGACAUGUUCAGUAAACACGAGGAAACGCA